CGAUGGCAACACCAGCGGCGACGCACGCAGUGGAGCGGCCUCGCCCGCACCUUUACGGCGGAUGCAGUCGUACGAUAAUGUCGAGACUGACCCUCUUAAGGAUCAAAAGGUGACUUUGGAUCUACCUACUGUUCUAUUAAUAGGUUCUAAGUCGUGA